CACAUACUAUUAUUAGCGAAAGGUGGUGAACAAAAUGUCUCAAUCAAAAAGAAUUAGAUUAGGAUCAACCAAUCAUUAUACUUUAGAAAAAAAUAUGGAGACUCCCCUAUUCUGUUUGUCAUUCAUUGUAAAUUACUCGUUCUUGAACGCAUCGUAACCUCAAUAGAAAUAUGUUUACUCCGCAAAUACAUCCUCAUGGAAAUAGGAUUUUAAAACCACUGCUACGCGACUGUAUAUUAUAAUACCAAUGACGUGUAAAUUUAAUAUAUGUAUGAUUAUACUUGAUCAUUAUCAAGUCAAGAUUACGAUGGAAGUAUUGGACACAUUCAAAAUUGCAAGUUGUACAAAAAUGGAUUGUGGUAUAAAUUUCGAGUAGGAAACUCAUGAGCUAUACUAUACGAACAGCUACUUAUAUGUAUUGUUCUUGUGUAACAAAGUAUCUGAUUCAUAAUUAGUCAUUUAUAUUUUCAACUUAUUAAAACUAUUUUACGUUAUAUUAACAAGUGAAUAGUUUAAAUUAUACAUAUUUGGCUUUUUCUGUAAUAAAGUUUGUGCAAUAUAAUUUUGCAAAAGAUAGAUUUUCUACAUUCCAAAAUAUGGAGUUUCCAAAUUUAGGAGAACAUUGCUCAGAGCAAACUUGCAAUCGUUUAGAUUUUUUACCUCUAAAAUGUGAUGCUUGUGAGUCUAUAUUUUGCACAGAUCAUAUAUCAUAUAUAAAUCAUUCCUGCCCUAGUGCGUAUAAAAAAGAUAUACAGGUGCCAGUGUGCCCAUUGUGUAAUACACCAAUACCACAGAAACGAGGAGAUCCUCCAGAUUUGGCUGUGAGCAUACAUAUAGACAGUGAUUGUCAGUCAGAUAUUAGAAAAAAUCGUAGAAAAAUAUUUUCUAACAAGUGUUCAUCAAAAGGAUGCAAAGUAAAAGAAAUAGUGCAGGUUAAAUGCAAUGACUGUGGCAAUAAUUUUUGUUUGAAGCAUAGACAUCCCAGUGAUCAUGCAUGUAUUGGCAAAGAAGAGGCAGUUAAACUUAAAAGAUUGAGUGCUCUGAAUAAGCACUCUAUGGUCUCUCAGAACGACAAUCACAAUAAUUCUAUUGUAUUCCAAAAUCUUCAAGGCACCAUGAGCGAAGAUGAAGCUUUGGCUAGAGCAUUACAAGCUUCAUUGCAAGACGAAGGAAGAAAUAAGCGACAAGGAUUACAGCCAGUGCCUUCUGCGCAUAGAAACAGAUGCAGACUUUCCUAAUUGCAAUCCACUUUUAGCAAUUUUAUGCAUUUUUAGAUAAAAGUACUGCUUUUUAAACCUUCAUUAAAAGGUGAAUAUAUCUUUCUAACUUUUAUCAAAUUUUAUUAAUAAUCAUACUUCAUAAAUAAGAUUUUAUACCUUUUCAUAUAAUACUUAAUAUUUCUUGAUCAUCCAUAAAAAUGUGCAUAUUACAAUUCUAAUAAUUUUAUUCACUUUUUUGACUAGAAUAACAAACACUAGAUAAAUUAAUAAUAAUCCAUUUCUUAUAUAUACAUAUAAGAAUUAAGAUUAUUUUCCAUUUUGAAAAUAUAUUUAAUAUCUGAAGUGCUCAUUAAUGUAUAUUUUUACAUAUAUGAAUGUGUUUUCAAAUUACAUUAACUUUUAUAAUUAUAUAUAAUACAGAUUUUACAUUUUCAUAAGCUUUGGCAGAUAAAAAUUUCAAAGUUGUAUGUUAUUAGAUAUAUCAGUAUCCAGUGCCUUAAUAGAUCGAGUGCAUGUAUAAGAAAAUGGGCAUGAAUGUACAUAUAUACAUAUAUUCGUAUAAAAAUUAUCAUAAUGUAAAAAUAAAUGUAUAUAAAAUGAAAAAUUAAGUUAUUUCUUUUUCAGAGUACAUUUCUACUGUGUCUUACAUACAAUAUUUCAAUAAUUAAGUAGAUGUACCCAUUUUCUACAAUUUACGCACAUUAGAAUAUGAACAAUUUUUAUGCGAAAAUAAUACUUAAUUAAAUACUAAUGAAUUACAGCUGUAUCAGAUGCUAAAUCUUUUGGAUGUGUCUUUAAGUAAUAUGCAUAUUCAAAUAUCUUAGAUUUAAAAUAUUUUAUAUAUAGCAUGAAUGUUUCAUUAUUUAUGGUAUUUAAAAUGUUAGUUAUACAUUUAGUUUAAAUAUGUAUAUUUAAGAAAGAAAAAAGAAUAUGUAAAUAAUACCCAUAAAUUUUACAAUCUCCAAUAUUAUUAUUAAUUAUAUCACCAUUUUAUAUAAAAUCUGUAUUCCUAGAAUUAGUGAUCAUAUCUGUGAUCAUAUCAACGACAUUUCCGUAGUUUUAAUUUAUCGAUAACAAUAAUUAUAAAUAAAUGAUAAACACCUCUAGUAUUCCAUUAUAACAUACAGCUGGAAUUUCCUUCAUAAUUUUUAAAUAUAUAUCUUAAAACUUUAUUUAUGUAAUUGUAAUUUUUAUAAAUUAUAUUAUUUUCUUCUGUAGACACAAAAUCAUGAUAUUACGUAACUAUUCUCUUGAGAUAUAAAGUUCCUAAUAAUUAAGGAAUCAAUAUGAAUGUGAAAAUAAUGUUCCACAUCUUAAUAUAAAUGCUAAAAAUAUUUGACUUUAUAAAUAUUUUACAUUUAUUAAACUUAUGGAUAUUAUUAAAUAGAAUAUCAAAUUAUAUUUGUAAUAUAUAUUUAAAUUAUAAUCUGAUGGUAAAAUUUGCAAAAUGGAAGUUGUUUUAAAAAUUAUUACAUAAUAUAUUUUUAUCUUAUUUUGAUUCUUUUAUAGUAAAAUAGUUUAUAUUAGCAUAUUGAGUGUGUCAUUAAUAUACUUAUAUCUUAUGAUAGUAAAGUACUUAUAAAGAAAACAUUUUGUUAUUAUAGAAUAUUAAUUUUAUUAAAUGUCCAAUAGCAAUAUGUACAAUUAUUGUUUUAUUCCAAAUUAAUAAUUAUUAAAGUUAAUAUCAUAGUUGAACAAAGAAAAAUAUCUUGUGUUACAUCUCACUUGUAUUACACAAAUUUAUUAAAAAUUCUAAUAAGAUGUUGUAUAUAUCAAUUCACAACAGUACAAAAAUUGAUUUAAUAUAUUUAAUAGAAUUAGUAUAAAUCCUUGAGUUAUUUUAUUUUUGAUCAGUUUUUUUAGCAAGAAUUAUUUUUAUACAAUUCAAUUUUCUCUUAUGGAUGUAUUACACUACAAUAUACAUUUUGUAAUAUCUA